UCAUUUCACUUGAAGAUGUCUUUAAACAUGGGCGACCAACAACAAAAGAGAAGCAGUGAUAAAUCAGAAAACGAAGAAUCUACAGAUCAUGGUUUUAAUAUGUCCGACAAUGAUAUUGAUUUACUCUCUGAAUUCAUAUUAAAACAAGACAGCCCAGAUAAAGCGGACCUAUUGCAAUAUGUAGCAGGAAACAAAAGAAAUUUUUUCAAAGAAAUAGUACCUGCGGCUCAGUUUGGGGACGAAGAUCCAAAAACCAUAGACAAUUACGAAGUCUCGGCUGCAUUAUCACCAACUCCGAAUGAUGUUUCGCAACAGUUUGAACAUCCGCUGCCCAAUUUAAGUCCCCAAUGGCCAGCAGCAUCUGCCUUGUCACCAAACAAAUCUAUUUAUGAACACAAUAAGAGUAAGGUUUCAUCAGAUGUACAUAACAAACUUGAAUCGGAUGAAUUUCAGUCCAUGGCGGAGGAGAAGGAGGCGCAAAAGAACCAACAAAGGAAACUAUCCAAGCAACAACGUAAAUAUAAGAGAUAUUUAUAUUGUCUGCGACAACUUUGGCUUAUCAACAACCAGAAUCAGACUGAAAAUGAAUUGAAGAAAGAUAUUCUCUAUAAAAAAUCCCAAAUGGCUUCCUAUGUUUUAAGAUAUGAGCAUAAACACAAACGAAAUUUUAAGGAAAUCACUGUAAGUGUGCCAGACAUUAAUAAAUCGGUCGAUGGACCCAGUUAUAAAAUGAUUAAGAGAGAAGAAAUAUCCAUAAGCUCUUCGUUUUAUGCGGUUCCCAAACGAAGAAGACCGAAGUCUAAAAAGAUAACAGUUGUUGAGAAACCUCAAACAAUGCUUAAGCAUAUUGUGAAGGUAGCGGUACCAGAGUUCAUACAUUUGCAAGAUAUUGUAAAAGCAGCAAUGGAACAGAAGGAAGCCGAAAAUGUAGCCAAUUCAGACAAUGGAACUGGGAACAAGAAUGUAAAAGGAGAAAAAAAUAUAGCUAAACAGGAUAUUUUAAAAAAGUACGGAUUUGAUAAAGUGGCGCCAUUUCUUAAAAAUAACGAAAGAAAAUCUUAUAAAAAUGCUGUGGAACAGCUUCGUAUGCUGAGCUUAAGAAAUCCAAAAACUUUGAAAGCCAAGGAUUAUAAAACAAAGGAGAGUGCUAUUCGCAUUAUAGAAAAAUACGAAACUAUCAUUAAAUUAAGGCAACAAUCGGCCGAUGACAACUGCACUAAACCACAAGAGUUACUUGCUGGUGAUUAUACCUCCGUCAAAGCCCAUGACGGAGAUUUGAAAACCAACAGCACCACAAACAAUUCUCAUCAGGUUAUGGAAAAAAUGAUUAAAAAAGAAGAACUAGUUGUUGGGGAGCCCAUGGCUGAGCCAGCCAACACAGAAUUAACUAUGUCCGAGGACAUUGACUACUUUUCAAAUAAUAAUAACAAAAUUCUGGAAACUCAAGUUGAUAAGAGUCUAUGCAAUCGCACUGUAAGUACUUUGCUAGGGUCAGACAUCGCGACGAAAAAGCUUAAGAGGAAAUACAAAAAUGCUCUCAAUAUCAUUGAAAGGCUGGACAAAUUGCAACCAAACAUGGAGGACAGAAAGAGCAAAAACAAACGAAAAUGGGCAGCUAGAAUCAUAAAAAAAUACGAAACAGAGGAAGCAGACAUUAAAACACCAACAACUUCUCUUAGCGGAAUUGCAUUUAAAGAAGGUGUCAUGCAAACGGAGGAGACUAGCAUUGAUUGCCUCGUAACACAAGAAGCAAAUGACAAAAGAGACCUUUUUAAAGCUGGCAAGGAUGAGGCAAUUAUUGAAAUAAAUGUCAAAGACGAAUUAGUUUCAAAAUCAAACGCUUCAAAUAUGAAAAAUUGUUCUACAAACAAGUACGACAUAUUUAGUGAAACUGACUCAGAAACUUGCUCCAUGGACUGCAAGUUAUACGAUGAAAACUAUGGCGAAAGCAUACAAGUUUUCACUGCCGCGCCAAAAUGGCUAUAUGAUGGCUACAAUGUUUCAGGACGCGCUUACAAACGCAUCCGCAACAAAUUUGAAAGUUUCAACACUGCAAACCCAAAUACAAAUGAACUGAGCCUAUCACAAAAAAGGGAGAGGGAUGAAAUGCUUUACAAGAUUUACCACUUCGAAGCAUCAUUUAAAACAGAAGCCAGAGCUAGGCGUGCACUGACUGACAAAAUUAACAAGCUAAAUUUAAAGCCAUCAUUUGUACGAAAAUGUCGCAAACAUCAAGUAGAACGCUUCAGGCUUUAUAUCAGAUGUCUUGCGUUUCUGUGGAAGGUCAACCAAUUGGAAGCCACGGGUCUAAAAAUUAUCUCCGACUAUGUACCCAGAUUCUCUAGGAUUAUUGCCAUGUAUGAAAGAGUCAAUCCGAAAGCAAUAAACACUACCAUAAGUGUUCCCAUAAAUGUAGAAGAUAAGGCCUUGAUGAGCUCGGGUGAGAUAGAACGCAAAACGAUUAGGCGAACAGAAAUAUUAGUGCCCCAAAUUGGCAAAAAUUGGAAGAAAGAUAGGCAAAGAAAAUUCCAAAAACUAGGAGAGAAUAAAUUUUCAGAAAACAUACAGGACAAUACCAAAGCAGAAACAAUUUUCGAAACAAGUGGCAUAAAUUCCGAAUGGGCACCAACAUCUAAAAAUGUACUAAAUGAGUCUCAUGCUUCACAAACGGAUUGUAAAACUGAAAAUGCAAAGGAAUGCACACCAAUAGAAUUUACACCUAACUUAGAAACUGAGAAGGAAUCUGAAGUCAUGGAACAAAUGAAUUCCUCGGUAGCAUAUAACACUAUAAUGAUAAAUGAUUCCCUGGCCACACAAAAUGGAAUGUAUAAAACUGAAAAUACUAAGGAAAAUAUAACCGAGGACAUAACUAACCAAAGCAUUCCAGUAGAAUCUUCACUUCAUUUAGAAACUGCUAAGCAAGUCAAAGCUAUUGUUACCUCCCAACCAUCUCACACCAUACAAAAUAAAAUGCAUCAAUUUGAAACUGCUAAGGAAAACCAAACAGGGGAUACAUCCACCCUUUGCAUAUCCCCACAACUAUCACUUAAUAAAGAAACUGACAAGCUACCUGAAAAAAUUGAUACUUUCCAUCCCACCUUCUUAUCAAAAGUAGAUUCCGAUGACGUUAUGCAAUCACCCAUGGAGAAUCUAUCAAAAGAAGUUAUCAUGGAAUCGGUCAAUCAAAAGAAGAGACACUUUCCACCUAUCGAUAAAGAAUUUAAGGCAUAUAAAAAUAAUCGUUCGUUUAUGUGGCGAAUGUUACAACGAGAUGUUCACUCUGAUCCUUUCGAUUUUAGGGAAAUGAAACGUUUGCGCAAGAUGAUAUAUCAAGUCCAAAAAUAUGAAAAACUCAAUAGAGAUAAGGUGAAAGGGGUACCUUUACCCAUACUCGAUUUAGAAAAAAAAAUUAUUCUCUCGAAUAUAGCAUUUAUUUUUAAAAAUAAUCUACACUCUUAUGAAAUGAGAGAUGUUAUUGAUGUUGAAGCUGAAUUGGAAAAAAAUACCACCUACAAUCCACAUGGUAUGUCAGGACAUACGAACAAUUCAUCUCUUUCAAUAACUACUACAAGUUUUUCCUUUGGAGUCGAUGAGGAAAAGUUGGAAGGUGGAAAAAGAUUAAAUGCAUCACCUAUAAGCAAAGAAACAACGCCUUCGCCAAAGAAGCUAAAGCCAGAAGCUGAGGAAUCUCCUAAUGCCAAAUAAGCCAUUAGCGAUGCACAAAAGAUGAUUCUACUCAAGAUGAAGAAACGAUGUGCACAAAAUUGUUGCUUGUAUAAAAAUGUUAUUUUAUAAAACAUUCUCUCUUCUAAGGAAGAAUUUUUUUUACGAGUAUGUAUAUUUUUACAGUGUCAUAUUGAAGACUUCCCCGAAUUGUUUUUCCUUUUUUUUUUAAAUCCAAAAAGGCGUAUCAAUCCCUUAAAAGAGAGGU